AUGGCAACUCACACUUUGAACUCCUUUCAGCGGUUAGAAAAGCUGGGCGAAGGCACCUAUGCAACGGUCUACAAAGGCCGGAACAACAAAACCAAUGAGUUGGUGGCCUUGAAAGAGAUUCACCUUGACGCCGAAGAAGGGACACCGUCCACUGCGAUCCGAGAGAUCUCCCUGAUGAAGGAGCUCCGCCACGAGAACAUCCUAGCCCUAUACGACGUGAUCCACACCGGUGAGAAGCUCGUCUUGGUAUCAGAAUACAUGGACAAGGACCUGAAGCGCUUCAUGGACGCCCGAGAUGGCGCUCUCGAUCUCCCCACGAUCAAGUCCUUUGCAUAUCAAAUGCUGCGAGGCAUCGCCCAUUGUCACGAGAAUCGCGUCUUGCACCGGGAUCUUAAACCUCAGAAUCUGCUCGUUAACCUAGAGGGAGGGUUGAGAUUAGCAGAUUUCGGCCUCGCUCGCGCCUUUGGCAUCCCCGUCAAUACCUUCUCGAAUGAGGUGGUCACUCUCUGGUACCGACCGCCGGAUGUGCUCCUGGGGAGCCACUCCUACAAUACCAGCAUUGAUAUCUGGUCUGCAGGCUGCAUCAUCGCCGAAAUGUACGCCGGUCGACCUUUGUUUCCAGGCAACACCAAUGCCGAUCAACUACUCAGGAUCUUUCGUACCCUGGGAACCCCAUCCGAACGUACUUGGCCGGGUAUCACUCAGUUGCCGGGAUUCAAGCCUACAUUUCCUGUGUAUCCGACGCAAGACCUGCGACGCCUGAUUCCCUGGCUGGAUCAUCUCGGGGGCGAUCUGUUAGAUCGCAUGCUACAGUUGCGACCAGAGCUGCGAGUCAGUGCUGCCAAUGCGCUACACCAUCCAUGGUUUCAUAGUCUCUUUUCUGAGACGGGGUAG